CGCAGUGGCCACACACGCCCACCUGACUACGGACCGGGGACAACAAGAUGGCUGCGCCCAUGUCUGCUUGGAGGUCGGCUGGGUUUAGGGUUUAGUUUUGUAUUAUCCCCGGUGGAAAUAGGCUCUCUGUGCUACACCGUGUCGCCACGUCCUGCUGCCAUCCGUGCAUGGAGCCGCGGGAGUCCUGGGCGGCCUUGGCGUCUCUGAUUUUUAUCUUGAAGGCUGGUGGAAUUGCUGGUGUCUUUGUCGACUUGAUCCUUUUUCCUCUGGAUACUGUAAAAACCAGACUGCAAAGUGCCCAAGGAUUUAGGAAAGCUGGUGGCUUUCGUGGCAUCUAUGCUGGUGUUCCCUCCACUGCUAUAGGAUCCUUUCCAAAUGCUGCUGCAUUUUUUAUCACCUAUGAGAAUGUGAAAUCUGUGCUGCACAGUGAUUCUACAUCGUACUUGACUCCAGUAACACACAUGGUGGCUGCCUCUUUCGGGGAAGUGGUUGCGUGCCUUAUACGGGUUCCAUCUGAAGUUGUCAAGCAAAGGGCCCAGGUUUCACCUUCUGCUGGAACCUUUCGGAUUCUUUCCCACACCUUGUACCAUGAGGGUAUUCAAGGACUUUAUCGAGGUUAUAAAAGCACAGUAUUAAGAGAGAUUCCCUUCUCUCUGGUACAGUUUCCUCUCUGGGAGUUCUUAAAGGAUCUCUGGUCAUGGAAGCAGGGUCACGUGGUGGAUUCUUGGCAGUCAGCAGUCUGUGGAGCUUUUGCAGGUGGAUUUGCAGCUGCAGUUACCACACCUCUCGACGUAGCAAAGACAAGAAUUAUGUUAGCAAAGGCUGGUUCCACCACUGCAAGCGGAAAUGUUCUUGCUGCUCUUGCUGGCAUCUGGAGGACACAAGGACUGUCAGGCUUGUUUGCAGGUGUCGUCCCGCGGAUGACAGCCAUCAGCCUGGGAGGGUUCAUCUUCUUGGGGACCUAUGAGAAGACGCGCCAGCUGCUGCUCUGAGCCAGGGCUUGGGGAAGAGCCUGCAAAGCUGCCAACCCCAAGGAGGACUCUGCCCACGAGUGCAGCCUUCUUCCUCCUGCCGCCUCUUGGCUGCGCCCGCAGCAGCUGUCAAGCGGUGUGAAAGCCACGUUCACUGCUAACGAAAAGUAAAUCCUCAAAUAAUCCAAUUUCCCAAACAUGAAAUUUUUUCCUGCAUGGAAAAUGAGUGAAGUCAUUGUGAGAGUCGUGCCAAAAAAAAGUGAUGUUUGGGGGGCAAAUAGCUCGUUAUGGUGGUUGUGAAAGGCGUUGCUAGAACUCCUGCAGGGGAAAUGUUUUGCAAACCUCCAGCUCGUGGGCUGAGCUGGGAAGCUGAAAUAAAGCAAGUGUUCAUAA